AGUAGUUACAAACAGAAUGACGAAAUUAGUAUACCCCCCAUCUUAUGGUGGAGGGUAUAAAAAUAUACUCGUAAAAUAAACAAGAGAGCAAAUAUGUAAAGUCUCCCUCUUAUCAAGUGUGCCUUCAUGCGCCUUUCAUAAAAUAAAAAAUUCGCAUUCAGUGUCUUCCAACCUGUGAUUCAGCAUGCAUCAAUUCUCUACGACUUGUUCAAUCUUUCUGACAAUUUGUGCAACCUGUGUAUUAAGUGCAAACCAUUACUCGAUAGUUGCCCCCGCCACGAUACGCUCCAAUCGCAAUUACUCAGUUUGUGUUUCAUUGCAUGAUGCAUCGACAGCCGCCACUAUACGUCUCCGUCUACAUUCCCCGACAAGUUCCAUACAUUUAAGUCAAGAUGUUACGCUACAACCCUACGAAACAAAGCUGGUUGACUUUAUGCCACCCCGGCUCUAUGAAAAGUUCAAUUAUUCACUAACAGCUGAGGGAGUAAAAGGAAUUACAUUGAAUAAAACCCAAGAAUUGUAUGCCAUAACUGAAGGUGGACCGCGGGUAUACAUCGAAAGUGAUAAAGGUCUCUACAAGCCGGGAGAUGUUGUACAAUUUAGAGUAAUUGUUCUUAAUGAACAUGUGCAAAUAACAAGAAUCAUUGAACCGAUACGUAUUCAAAUUUUGGAUGCACAAAAAAAUCGUAUCAAGCAAUUUAAGGAUAUACAAUUGGAUCGUGGUGUUUAUGCAGCAAAAUUCCAGCUGUCUAAACAACCAAUUUUGGGUGAAUGGACUAUCACAGUUCACAUAAGCGGCAAAUACAACAUGGACAAGAACUACAGAUUUAAGGUGAUGAAAUAUGUUCUGCCCAAGUUUAGUGUACACAUUGAAAACGAUAGAUACAUGUGGAAUAAGGAUAACAUUUUGAGAGCUACUAUCUAUGGUAAAUAUACCUAUGGCAAAUACGUUCAAGGUACUGUGGAUGUUUCCGUCUUAGAGUCCUCAAGAGACUUUAAGUAUGCAAAAAACCAAACUGUUGAAAUCGGCGAUGGCGAGGUAAAAACUGAGGUGGUUUUUGAUGUACAAGAUGUAAGUUAUUCUUGGAAGUUGUAUAUAGUGGCGACGUUAAGGGAAAAACACACAAAUGUCACUGCGAGUGCUGAGAGCGAAGUACAAUUUCAAUAUGGUCGCUACAAUUUAUUUGUACCCGACUCUGGAAUCGGAUUUGGCGAUAAGAAACCGAAUCGCUUUGAACUUCAUGUGGAAAACUGGAAUGGGACUCCUGUAAGAGAUCGUACAACGCCGGUCUUUAUGCAUAUGAAAGAAAAGAAAUUGUCAUCACUUUUAGAUGAAAAUGGCGUAGCAGUAUUUGAAUUUGAAUACGAAACUACUGAUACGUUUGGAUUUAAUUACAAGGAUACGCAAUUCACAUUUAACAAUUUGUUUGUGGAGAGAUCCAGUUAUGCGAUCGAUGACUCCAACUGUAAAAUUAAAAUGAGUCCCAGAAGUUCUGCCGAUCUUUCUGAACCGCUUGAACUUAAAGUCUCCGCCAAUCAUACUAUUCCCUACAUGAUAUACACUCUAACAAGUCAUGGCAAUAUUGUACGCCAGGAAUAUAUUCAGUUGCCGUCAAAUCAGUACUCACAUACAUUUCGCAUUCAAGCCACUAUGGCAAUGGUACCUGACUCGUAUCUUUUUGUUUAUUAUAUUGUUGGUGAUCAACUGCAUUAUUGCGAAUUCACAAUCCGCCUGCCACACAAUUUUGUCAAUAAGUUAGCAAUAACUGCAGCAUCUAAUGUGAAGCCAGGCCAAAACAUAACCCUGAACGUAAAGGGUAACCCGAAUUCUCGGGUUUCCAUAAUAGCUGUUGACAAAAGCGUUCUACUACUCAAUUCGGAUAAUAUUUUGCAAAAGAAUAACAUUAUUUCAGAUCUGUUGUACGAUAGAUCACAUAAUAUUCAACGUCUAAGUGCACAUGAGUAUUUGCAUACUCCUGGGUACAGCGCAGGAGUGUUUAUAUUGACAAAUGCCAAGUACGAAGUGCACGUUUUUCGGAUUCCCAUGUUUCCGACACCCCUUAACACACCUACGCCUGUUCGAACUCUGUUCCCAGAGACAUGGAUAUUUAAAGAUAUUGACAUAAAUAAGGAGAACACCGCCCUCACUUUUCAAGUGCCAGAUACUAUAACAGCAUGGAUUGUCAGAGCGUUUUCGGUAAACGAUGAGACUGGCUUUGGAAUUUUAGACCACUCUCUAGACAUUGAGGCUUUUCAGCCCUUCUUCAUAAGUGUCACACUGCCUUAUUCAGUAAAAAGAGGAGAAAUUUUGGCAAUACCUGUUACAAUUUUUAACUACCUACAGCAGAGUCAUCAAACGGAAGUCAUUAUUGGUAAUAACGAUGAGAAAUUCCAAUUAAUAGACGACCAACUCAAACCCAUAGCUCUGAAACAAGAUUCUCGAACUAUCACUGUUCCAGCAAAUAAUGGAAAAAGUGUAGUAUUUAGAAUACAGCCCAAAAAGGUGGGCUAUGUUGAAAUUCGUAUUGUAGCCAAAAAUUCUGUAACUUCAGACGCUGUGGUACACAGACUUAAUGUCGAACCUGAAGGAAUAGCUCACAAUUAUAAUCAGGAUGAGUUAUUCACUUUGUCCAGCGGAGAACCUAGGCAUUUUACGUUUUACACCCAUAUACCUCGUGAUAUUGUUACUGAUUCGGAAUACAUAAUUUUAUCUGUGAGUGGCGAUAUAAUGGGUUCAACUUUGGAAAAUCUGGAUCAUUUGGUGCAAAAGCCCACAGGAUGCGGAGAGCAAAAUAUGGUUAAUCUGGUACCGAAUAUUUUGAUAUUGGACUAUCUAAAGGCAAUGGGCAAAUACAGCAACCACAUGGCAUUAGUGAGCAAAGCAAAAAAUUUUAUUGACAUUGGCUAUCAGCAGGAACUUACCUAUCGCCAUCCAAAUGGAGCCUUUAGUGUAUUUGGUCCCAACAAAUCCACAGAAAGCAAUUGGCUUACCGCAUAUGUUGUCCGAUUUUUCGCGAAAGCCAUUCCCCAUUCAGACAUAGAACCGAAAAUUGUUGAGGAAGGUCUUAAAUAUUUGGUAACCCAACAGUUGGAUGACGGCAGUUUUCCCCAUCGUGGACACCUCUUUCAACCUGCCCAUCAAAAUCAAUAUGGUUUUACGGCUUUUGUGAUGUUAACAUUUCUGGAAGAUGAGAAAUAUGCUCGAAAAUUCAAUGAUGCCAUCCGAAAAGGAAUGACUUUUCUCAAAAAUAACAUCAACAAUGUCCAUGAUAUAUACUCACUGGCUAUAAUGGUCAACACAUUUCAAAAGGCUGGAUAUGAAAUCCAGGCUAAGAAUAUACUCGAGAAAUUGGAUUCAAUGGCCCGAGAAGAGAAUGGUCUUAAAUGGUGGACAAGUAAUAACAAGAAUGAAGAAAGUGCCAAUGAUGUUGAGAUAACCGCUUAUAUUCUGUUGGCCAUGCCCGAAGGUCCUAGCAGUACAUACUUGCCCAUCUUUAAUUGGCUGAUCAAACAACGUACAAGUAAGGGAGGAUUUGGUUCGACACAUGAUACUGUAAUUGGAUUGCAGGCUUUAAUAAAGUACGCCGGCAAAUUGACGCCUACGCAGGACAAUCGAGUGAAGGUGCACUACACUGCCUGUGAUAGUAAAGAAAAAAAUCUUAAAGAGAAUAUUAUGCAGGUUGAUGUUGACAACGAGCUUAUAUUGCAGAGCGAGGAGCUGCCUCAAAAUACACGUUCGGUAAAACUUGAAAUUGCUGGCAAGGGUCGUGUGUAUCUUCAAUUCACCUAUCAGUUUUAUGUAAGCGAUUCCCCGCCAACUUCAAGGUUAGUUUCUCAAACAGAAAAGCCAGCUAUUCAAGAAACUACCACCGCAAGUCAACCUCGCGUAGUCCCGCGAAUGUUUGCUACCUCAGUCUACGAAUAUUUCAUCAUUAAUCCUAUUGCAAAAAUGGCUUCAUCGACAUCCAUGUCUCUAGGAGUUUGCUUUACAUACAAACCUUUGACAGAAGAAGAGAAGUUAACCAAUAUGGUCAUACUGGAAGUACAAUUCCCUUCCGGAUUCACUUCGAACAAUGCAAAUAUCGAGAAAUUGAGAGACGAAGAAAACAUAAGUCGAAUAGAUGUACAGAAUUCAGCAACAAAGAUUUUAAUUUACUUUGAAAGCUUGGAGGGCCACAAUGAACAGUGUCUUACAAUUUUGGCAGAUAAAAGUCACGAUGUGGAAUCGCUAAAGCCCUCACCCAUAGUAAUGUAUGAUUUCUACAAUGAUAAACGUCGUAACUCUGUUAUGUACAAACUUUAGAUGAUUUUGUGUAAAUAAACGCUGCCAAACUGUUAAGACAGGUUGGGCAAAAAUAACUUUA